AUGGCGGAUUAUAUGAAGGCAGUGGGAGAUGAUGGCUCGGAGCUCUCUGUUGAAGAGCGCAACUUGCUGUCUGUGGCCUACAAGAACACGGUUGGAUCUCGCCGUGCUGCCUGGCGCAUCAUUUCAAGUGUCGAGCAAAAGGAGAAAUCCAAGGGCAACGAGACGCAAGCUGGCUAUGCAAAGGACUACCGUGUCAAGGUGGAAAAUGAGCUCCAGAAGAUCUGUGACACCAUCUUGAAGCUCUUGGAUCAGGGCCUUAUCCCAAAGGCCACACAAGCAGAGUCCAAGGUCUUCUAUCAGAAGAUGAAGGCUGACUACUACCGUUACAUUGCGGAGUUCCGCAGCGGUGACGAGAAGAGCAAGGCAGCGGAAGAGGCACGUAAGGCCUAUGCAGAGGCAGCAGAAGUGCUGAAUGACCCUGACGAAGCAUGCAAAAUGGCCCGCACAGCUUUUGAAGAUGCGAUCGCAGAGCUCGACAACGUGGCAGAGGACUCCUACAAAGAUUCCACGUUGAUCAUGCAGCUUUUGCGAGACAACCUGACCCUCUGGACCUCUGACCAGGAAGCAGGUAAUUGA